ACAAAUUGAUAACAAUCGAUAGUCGGUACAUUUAUGUGGCGAGUAAAUGGUACAGAUGGUGUGUUCAGGUUCAGGUGUGCUGCUGUCUGUGACUAUAUGUAUAAGUAGUUGACGAAUAAGAAAAAAUUAAAGUUAUGUAGGCGAAAUUGGAUUUCCUUUUUAUGCAUUUAUUAAAUUUAUUGCUGUCAUAAGUGGAAGACGAUCGAUUGUUUUUCAUAUAUUUUUGUUGUGAAUAGUUUUUGUAUAACACAGGUAAUAAUGAGAGGAUACAAGUGUCGUUGUUAAAAUGACAUCGAAGGAUACAAAUUCUGCUGAAAUUAUAAAUGCUGAAAGUAAUAAACAUUACUGUGUAAUUCAUAAAAAAGAUGUUAACGAUACAAAGUAUUCAGAAGCACAAAAACAGAGUGAAAAGUUAAUUUUUAACGAGUUGCAAAUAGAUGUAGACCAGAUGUGUAAUUUAAAAAGUGAAUGUCAUAAUAAGACAUCUGCAAUGGAAAAACAGGAAGAACAAUCUACAGAAGUUGUUGGCUAUCAAUUGAAAUUUGAUAAUCAUGAUCAGGCCAAUAAAAAUAGUGAAAACGAUAUACAGAAUCAAAAUGAAUAUGACGAAACUAUAGAUGAAAGGCUACCAGAAACUGUAACAUUGCUUACUACGCCGAAUGGAGGAAAAUUAUAUUUAGUAGGGACAGCACAUUUUAGUGUUCAAAGUCAAAACGACGUGGCAAUGAUAAUUCGGGCUGUACAGCCUCAUAUAGUGGCAGUUGAAUUAUGUAAAGCCAGAAUCGAUUUUUUAAAUAUUGCCGAGGAGGUUUUAUAUCGUAAUGCCACGGAUUUAAGUUUAAAAAGUUUAACUGACAUGUUGAAGGAAUAUGGACUUUAUGGUUUUCUACAUUUCAUAUUACACCGAAUGGUAACCCAUGUUGUAAAAGAACUUGGAAUGCCACCCGGUGGUGAAUUUCGUACCGCAUUUGAAGAGGCAAAAAAGGUACCAAAUUGUAUUAUUCAGUUGGCUGAUAGGUCAAUUAGUAUAACAGUUCAGCGUGCUGUAAGAGCAUUAUCUUGGUGGGAAAUUAUAAAACUUUUGUGGCUAGUAAGGCAUUUAGAUACGCAUAUCAACGAGCAAGACGUAGAACGUUAUAAACGAAAGCAUGUAAUAGAAGAGAUGAUUACUACUAUGAAAGAGGAAUAUCCAGCAAUAGAACGGACGUUCGUUAAAGAGAGAGACGUGUAUCUAACAUAUCAUUUACAAGCAGCUACUAUGGUCAAACAUUCCCCGGGAUUAAAACCACCAAGGAUCGUAGGAGUCGUUGGAAUAGGGCACGUUAAUGGAAUAGUAGAGAAUUGGGGAAAAGUGCGAUCUUCCGACAUAUGGCCUAUCAUGCGAGUGCCUCCUCAAUCGUUAUCAAGCAGAAUAUUGAAAUUUACUUUUAAAGCUUCCUUACUUGGCGUCGCAGUUUACGUGGGGUAUAAAAUUAUCCCGUUACCGUACGGUAGUGCGCUACAAUCUAUCAGAUCGUCGAUUGAGGGAUUGUUUCAGGUCAGUGACAGAACGUAGAAUAGCUGUAAUUUUAUUUCUAGAACUUUUUACUAAUAAUAACGAAAGUUUUUUCGAGAAAAAAAAGGAGAAAACAAUAAAAUUUGUUCCUUUAUUGUUGAUUGCUUUCCUUGAAAGAUUCUGUCGAAUUUCUUUUUGAAUUUUUCGUCGAUA